AGAAUGCGACGCAGACGGGCACGGACCGCGGAACCAACCGACCAAGACGGUCACGUACUUUGCGGGGCUUCGCGGCGCACCGUCGGGGUUUGCCACGUCCAAGUACGCCGAAGAGAAAGGCGCCGAGGACGACGGCAAGACCAACGACGACGAGCAGGACGAGGCCAAGGCGAGCGACGCUAAAGAGACGCCUGCGAUCCUCUCGUAUACAUUUGAACUCUAA